GCGGCUGCAUAUACCUUUCUCCGGCUCUCCGCCUCCCUCCAUGGCUUGCCCGUGAAGGCUAGCUAGCUCCCGGGAAUAAUCAGGAGCCGGAGAGGUGUACGUACUGGAGUGCGCGGCUCGCCCUGGCAUCGCAUCGUAUGCUUUGCUAGCCGAGCCUCGCACGCGAUCCGCCGCCGACCUUCUCGUUUAAAUCCGUCGACCGACCGAUCGAUCGAGCAACGGAGCUCUCCCCGUCGUUCAUGUCGAGGGGUUUUGGUUUUGGUUUUGGUUUUGCCGCGUAGUGGCGUUGUACGCUUGCGUCUUGUAGCGUGGCGUGGCGACAAGGGAGCUCGGCCAUGAAGGGCGGGGUCGUCGACGACUUGAGGGUUAUGUUCACGAGGAAGGAGUCCUCCACCUGCCUCGCCAGGUCAGUGAUGCUCCUCGUGAUCUUCGCGGUCGGCGUGAUCGCCGGCCUCUGGACGGCCACCGGGCCGCGCACCCAGUACACCGGGCCGCGCACCCACUGGCCCGCGCACCCACCGGGCCGCGCCGAGGCGGAGGCCGGCUUCGCGGAGUUCGUGGCCCCGACGCGGCUCAUGCACGACAUGACGGACGACCAGCUCUUCUGGCGCGCCUCCAUGGUGCCGGUGGCCGCCGAGUACCCGUUCAAGCGCGUGCCCAAGGUGGCCUUCAUGUUCCUCACCGGCCGCGGCGAGCUGCCGCUCGCGCCGCUCUGGGAGCGCUUCUUCCGCGGCAACGAGGACCGCUUCUCCGUCUACGUCCACGCGCCGCCGGGGAUGACGGUGAACGUCUCCGCUGACUCGCCCUUCUACGGCCGCCAAAUCCCAAGCCAGGAGACGGAGUGGGGAUCGAUAUCGCUGAUGGACGCGGAGCGGCGGCUGCUGGCGAACGCGCUGCUGGACUUCUCCAACGAGCGCUUCGUGCUGCUCUCCGAGAGCUGCAUCCCGUUGCACAGCUUCCGGGCGGUCUACGACUACCUCGUCGGCUCGCGGCAAAGCUUCGUGGAGGUCUACUACCAGCAGACGAAGCAGUGCCAGGGCCGGUACAGCCGCCGCAUGGCGCCGGCGAUCAGGCUGGCGCAGUGGAGGAAGGGCUCGCAGUGGUUCGAGCUCAGCCGCGACCUGGCCGUCAGCGUGCUCGCCGACACCAAGUACUACCCGCUCUUCCGGCGGCACUGCCGGCCGACGUGCUACCCGGACGAGCACUACCUCCCGACCACGGUGAACAUGCUGCACGGCGCGCGGAACGCCAACCGCACGGUGACGUACGUGGACUGGAGCAAGGGCGGCGCGCACCCGGCCAAGUACACGGCCGAGAACGUGACGGCGGCGGCGAUCCAGGGCAUCAGGAGGAGGAGGUGGAGGAGCGACAGGCCCUGCUAUUACAACCAGAGGCCGACGUCCAUGUGCUUCCUGUUCGCCAGGAAGUUCGCGCCCGACACGCUCGGGCCCCUGCUCAACAUGUCGUCGGCGGUCAUGGGGUACUAGCUAAUCCCCGCCGCGCCGCCGCCGGCGAUGAUCCGACCGAUUCUUCCAUGUUUGUAACUUAGGAUCUAUAUUCAGCAGCCUCUUGACCACCCUGUGACACGUGAACAUAAAAUGCCUUCUCUUCCUUUGCCGGCACCACAUCUUGUCGAAUUCGCUACAGUAUGCAUGGUCUGAGAAAAGAGAAAAAAAGGAAGGUUAGUUUAGGCAUAAGCAUUCAGCAGCAUAUCGAGAACUUGUUGCCAAGUUGUCCCAAGGUGUUUGUGCAGCACCUACUGGCACUAGUGCAGCACACACACAAGUUGCUCUCUUCUGUUGCUGCUGGGCUACCAAACGCCAAUUGGCACUGAACCACCGCAACUCCCAAACAGGGUUGGUUUGGUUGCUCUUUCCUUUCCAGGAGCAUCAGGGGCCCAACAUCUGCUGGAGGAACUGCACUGCACCAACCAUCAAUUCCAGCUCCUCCUCCCCUCAGCUCAACUAGAUCAUUUCAUUCAAUUUUCGCGCUCGAGUACGAGCGAUUCAUUGCCAUGGUCCAGUUUCGUCGAAUUCUCCGGAUCGCGCGGGCUUUUCUCGCCUACCAAAUGGCCCAUCCACGAUCCUUGCACCUGCAGCAGCAGUAUGAUUAACUGGUGAAACUGUCCUGAAUUCCUUGAGAUUUAAGCACCACCAGCAUCAACAGGGUGUCAGUUGGUGACAAGGAAAAGCUGGGGAAGAAUGCACAAAGCAAACCUGCAAUGUAAAUUCCUGGGCCAAGCAAGGGAUUAGCGCGAGGCUGGCACCAGCGC